UCUAAGAUUAUUAUAGAGUUUAUAUAAAUAUGCACUCAAACAUCUCAAAUUCGGUCUCUCUUGACAAAUCUUGGCACUGUUUUAUUCAGGAUGAUCCCAAUGGAGAGAAAUACGGAAUGGAGACACUAUAUAUUUUUUAUGGCGUAUUCUGUGUGAUUUAUGCCUCUCUAGCUGUUGCAUUAUUACUACUAUCCUUAAAGAAGAUUAAGGAGUUAUUUUAUAAUGAGAUUAUUGACAUCUACAAGCUAAUCCAAUACUGUAUCCUGAUGUUCUACUUAAUAAUAGGUGUAUGCCAUCUCACAUUGAAGUUUUACAAAGGUUAUGAGUUCCACAACUAUGGUGUAUUCUUGUUCAUAUACUUCCAUUUCUUGAUGUCAGAAGUCAUCAAUAUCUCAUGCUGGAGAAACUUCCAAAGUCAUUUAUGCAACUGAGUCAAUGGCUUAAAGGUAAUCUGCCGGAGGGAGGAAGAAACUGACUCUCUUUCUCAAUUUUCAGAGACCAUAUUUUCUGGGUUCAGAACAGUCAAAAUUAAGGAAAAAUUUGAAAUUUUUGUCAUAUUUAUUGUUUUCUUCUUGUUUUGAAUAUGGAAUAUGUUUAUAAUCAUUUUCUCAGUUGCGAACUCCCAUUGAUCGGGUUGCCAUUCCUUAUAUGCUCCAGCAGAUGAAGUUUGAUUUGAAGCAACUUGAAAGAACAUAAGCAUAAUGCGGAAAAAGACUUUCUAUGUUCUCUGAGUCUUUGCAGGAGUUGUGAUUCUCUUCAAGCUCUUCUUUGGGGUCAGACUCUUGAUUCUCAUGAGGCAUCACUUAUAUGUAAGGUACCUUAAAAGUAGAAAAGGGAUCAUUUUUACAUUGAUAUCUAGCUGAAUUAUUAUUGCUUCCAGGACUCUCCUGACUUUUGUGAAUAAUGUUGCAAAGUGCGACCUUAGAUAUAACUUCACAGCUCGGAUGCCAUUCCCUUCUGAGAAUGGAUUAUUGCAGUUACUAAUUGCAUUGAUCAAAGACUUACUUCCUAUUGCUGUGAUGCUUCUGAACAUAAGGACUAUAAACUUCAAGGUUUAUUUAAUAGAGCUGAUAAAGGCCUGUAAGUUGCACUCUUUUUCAGAAGAAGCAUCUAUCUUCUUGUAUCAUAGUGGUAAGACUUCUCAUAGCAAUCUUGUUGCAAAUGAUGUUUAUCUGACUGAUGUUACUGACUCAACUACUAGAAGAAGGCUUAUUGAUGUAGCAGAUCAAUCUGAUGAAACCUCUUUGGCCAAUGAGGAUCAGUACAAAUCAAACUACGAGCAAAUAUCUAGAAUCGAUAGAUACCAAAGUGCUAUGAUGACCACCAGAUCAAUGGGACCUCAUCUUGAAAACUCACUCUAAAUUAAAAACUCAAAAUUUACUAAUUU